AUGACGACCAAGCAGACGGAGCCGGUCACUACCAUUAGCCUUCAGAAGUUGAGUCUGACAAGCCCAGAGCCACAGCCCAAAGAACCAAAGACCUUUACCGUGGAGGAUGCUGUGGAGACCAUCGGGUUCGGGCGUUUCCACAUCGUCCUGUUUCUGAUCAUGGGCAGCACUGGGGUUGCUGAGGCCAUGGAGAUCAUGCUAAUAGCUGUGGUGUCCCCUGUUAUCCGCUGCGAAUGGCAACUGGAGAACUGGCAGGUGGCGUUGGUGACCACGAUGGUGUUUUUUGGCUACAUGGUAUUCAGCAUCUUCUUUGGCCUCCUGGCGGACAGAUAUGGUCGCUGGAAGAUUUUGUUCAUCUCGUUCCUUUGGGGCGCCUACUUCUCCUUGCUGACCUCCUUCUCUCCCUCGUACACCUGGUUCGUCUUCCUGCGGACAAUGGUGGGCUGUGGCGUGUCUGGCCACUCGCAAGGGUUAAUUAUAAAGACUGAGUUUUUGCCCACAAAGUAUCGAGGCUAUAUGCUGCCCUUGUCUCAGGUGUUCUGGCUGGCUGGCUCCCUGCUCAUCAUUGGCCUGUCGUCUGUGGUCAUCCCCACCUUUGGCUGGCGCUGGCUCAUCCGCAUUGCCUCCAUCCCCGGCAUCAUCCUCAUCAUGGUCUUCAAGUUUAUUCCCGAGUCAGCUCGCUUCAACGUCUCCACCGGGAACACCCAGGCAGCCCUGGCCACGCUGGAGCGCAUCGCCAGGAUGAACCGCGCGGUCAUGCCGGAGGGCAGGCUGGUGGAGCGUGUGAUGGACAAAAGAGGAAGAUUUGCAGACCUACUGAAUGCCAGAUAUUUGCGGACCACCCUGCAGAUCUGGGUCAUAUGGCUGGGAAUCUCUUUGGCCUACUAUGGGGUCAUCCUGGCCAGCGCCGAGCUGCUGGAGCGGGACCUGGUGUGUGGUUCGCGGUCUGAGUCCGAGGUGGCAGUGACCGUCGGGGACUCGGAGGAGAGCCAGAGCCCCUGCCACUGCCACAUGUUCGCCCCCUCCGACUACCACACCAUGAUCAUCAGCACCCUCGGCGAGAUCGUCCUGAAUCCUUUAAAUAUCCUGGGCAUCAAUUUCCUGGGAAGACGGCUGAGCCUUUCCAUCACCAUGGGGUGCACUGCCUUAUUCUUUCUGCUCCUCAAUAUCUGCACUUCAAGCGCCGGCCUGAUUGGCUUCCUCUUCAUGCUGAGGGCUCUGGUGGCCGCCAACUUCAACACCAUCUACCUUUACACUGCCGAGGUCUACCCCACCACCAUGCGUGCCUUGGGGAUGGGAACCAGCAGCUCCCUGUGUCGCAUUGGGGCGAUAGUGGCGCCAUUUAUCUCUCAGGUCCUCAUGAGUGCCUCGUUCCUGGGGGCCCUGUGUCUGUUCUCGUCUGUCUGUGUCAUCUGUGCCAUUUCUGCAUUUACCCUCCCCAUCGAGACCAAAGGACGGGCCCUGCAGGUGCCUGCACCGCACCCAGAGUAA